AACGGCUGGAAUUCAAGUAAAAAUAUCAAAAAGAGCGUGUUUUAAUUGUAUUUAAUUUAAAGCUUCAUCAUGGGGAUUUACUAUAGUGUGGUGUAUCUUUGUCUGAUAUUUGUUCAACUUCAAGUUACAUUGGCACAAACUGAGUGUCACAACUGUGGUUGCUGCGCUUCCGGAAAAGAGAUCAAAUGCAGUAAAAACAGUGCGUACUGCAUGAAUGGUUGCCUACAUGGAUAUUGGAAUGACACGUGUUCUGAAAAAUGUGGAUAUAACUGUGCAGAUUGUCACAGGUGGAGUGGUCAAUGCAAUUCUUGCAUUGAUGGAUAUUGGGGAGUAAAUUGCAACAGGGAAUGUGGACAUCGGUGUAAAACAUGCAACAUAUGGACUGGCUGUACAGCGUGUGACAUGGGCUUUUACGGCACCAUAUGCGAGAACUACUGUGGAUACUUUUGUGUAAGUUGUAAUAGGAACAGUGGAUGCACUGGUUGUAUUGAUGGUUAUUUCCUAAAUCAGGAAGUGUGUUCACAAUGCCCAUCUAACUGCAAAUCUUGCAUUAGCUCUACAAACUGCACUUCUUGUACAGACGGUCGAUUUGGCAAUGUAUGUCAGUAUCAGUGUACAGAACACUGUGUUCAUGGUCAGUGUAAUACAUCAACAGCUUCAUGCCAGUGUUAUGCAUAUUUUAUCGGAGAGAUGUGUGACCAGUGUGUCGCGGGAUACUUUGGUAACGACUGUACACAGAUAUGUCCCGCGGGAUGCUCUGAUACAUGUUCAAAAACUGAUGGCUAUUGCACAUGCAAAUUCGGGUGGACAGGAAAUAAAUGUGACACAUGUGCCUAUAAAUACUUCGGAAAAAAUUGCAAUGAAACAUGUAAUAGUAACUGUGAGGAUUGCACUGGGAAAUAUGAGUGUCAGCUUUGUUUACCUGGACGUUAUGGUUAUUACUGCCAAUUCAGUUGUGGGAAAGGCUGCAGAAAUGACAGGUGUAGUAUAACAUCAGGAUAUUGCGAAUGCAAAAGUAAUUACUUUGUUGCAACAUCAUCAUCAGGAUAUUGUCACGAUUGUGUUCCGGGCAGGUACGGUCUGACGUGUGAGAAAAUAUGUCCUCAAUCGUGCCUUGCAUGCGAACAAGAGCUGAAAUGUUCUUCAUGCCAUGUCGGAUACUUUGGGUUAUCCUGUGACAAAUCAUGUCCAUAUGAAUGCGAGGAGAAUAAUUGCAAGCAAGAGGACGGAUCUUGUGUAUCAUGCGAACUUGGGUAUUACGGAGAACACUGCAACAACACAUGUCAGGAGUCCUGCCGAUCAUGUGAUAAAUACGGUCUAUGUUCCGAAUGUAAACCUACAUUUUUUCCCAACAAUACCGGACAAUGUGAAACUUGCAAUUCAAAAUGCGUCGCUAAUAACUGUGAUUCCUCUUCGGGAAGAUGCAUUCAAGGAUGCUAUGAUGGAUACUGGAACAAAACCUGUAACACAGAGUGUGAUGCCGCAUGCUUCUCUUGCAAACAAACCAAUGGAUCGUGUUCAAAAUGCAAGAACAAUACAAGAUAUGGACCAAACUGUAGACAGGAAUGCAGCAAUACAUGUAAAUCGUCAGUGUGCGACGUAAAUGGAAGUUGUAUAAAUGGAUGCAUUGUAAAUACAUUCGGCCAUCAAUGUGAAAAAAGAUGUGGUGAAUACUGUUUACGAAAAGACAACCAAACAAUUUGUUCUGAAAAGACGGGAAUGUGUUUAUACGGCUGCCGAACUGGAUACACGGGAAAAGUUUGUCCACAAGAUGAGAAGCCGAUAACAUUGUCAGCAGCACUUGGAUGGGGACUCGGUGGUGGCAUUCUGGGACUUUUAGUCAUAGCAAUGCUUAAUGCUGCCUUAGAAAGAGAGAUUGGUUCUUUAAAAGAACAAAAUGCUGUUUUACAACAGCAAGGAACAAUAAUUGAACAAUUAGAAACCAUGAGAUCUCAAUUAUUGGGGAUUCAACAAUAUAUGGAAACUGAAAGGGAAAAGGAGAGUAUCCAGAAGAACAAAACCCGAAAUGUCUAUCCGGUGUCCGAACCAUACAUCAUCGUCGAGCAAAUAGACAACCAAACUGUGAGGGUUGAACCUAACAAAAUGGAACAGCAGUAA